GUAUAUCUAUUAAAUUUUAAAGUCGAACAAAUCGUGCAUGCAGACUCCAAAAACUCCAAAAAGUUCGGGAAACAUUAUUAGCGAAAAGAAAACCGAUGUAGUUACCGUGACAUAUAAUAAUAAUUCUUUUUCGAAUUGAUCUUAAACAUUUAAAAUGAGUGACGCGUUUCAUGAACGCGAAUCAAUCAAGAAACAUGUUCGAGCAGUGCUUUUGUCGUCACCCGUGGAGCUCACUGUGACCGAAUUUCAACGUGAUUAUCAUAACUUCAUUGGUGAACCAAUCGACCACAGAAGGAUAGGCUACUCAAGACUGGAAGAUUUCCUUAGAGAGCUACAUGAUGUUGUUCAAAUUGGCUACCGUCGUGGGGUGAUGACCCUAAAAGCCAAGCCUGAUGAGACCACAGCGCACAUACAAAGCUUGGUCUCUAGACAGAAAAUCCCGAACAAGAGAAAGUUUGCAAUUCACAGACAACACGGUGUCGGUGGGGGUUCACGGAGGUAUCAACCUCCCCCGAGAUAUCACAGCAGUCCCUCUCACUCGAGAUACAACCAGCCCUCACCCCCUCCACCAAUGGUACCUGCAUAUAUUCGAAGCCAGCUGCGAGCAUUGCUAAAUUCUUUUCCCAAUGGACUCGCGGUGUCACAACUGGACACUGCAUUCAAUAGAAUGUUCGGGACUGGGAUAAAUUACAGACAUUACGGCUUCCCUGACCAGCAUGAGCUCCUGAGAUCCAUGCCAAAUAUUGUGCAAUUACAGCAGUCCAACUUUGAUUGGCGGGUAUACCCCAUUCCAGAAGCAAAGUCUCCCAGUACCCAAACGCAACAGCAGCAAUCACCAGAGUCCCAGAAAGGGCCACCUAGCUUUUUGACUUCACCAGAACUGCCCAACACUAUGACUGGUGUACUGACUCAGCAAUCACCUACAGAGACUGGUGACAACCAACAGAGACCGUCUAAAGGCAGAGGGAAGCGCAGAAGUGGAUCUGGGGGUACGGAGGGCUCUGUAGGUCAUGAAAGACGAAGUAGCGGCUCUGCACAAAUGGAUCUACUGGAAAAAGAGAUACAGCAGGUACUGGAGAAGCAUCCCAGUGGAGUCUGGUCUUCAAGAUUCUCCAAUGAGUACCAGAACUUACACAAGAAGGUGUUUUCGUUCACCAGCCUUGGCUAUGUAAGUGUGAUUGAGAUGAUGUCAAAUCACCCAGACGUUGUACGGAUCACACGGCCCAACCCUCAGGGCGACUGGCUGCUCUUUGAUGCAAGAUUGCCUGCCCCAGAUACACCACAAGAGGACCUUUUUGAAAGGGACGCUCAUCGAAUGCAGAUUAAACAAAACAUGGAGUCCAGCAUCAAGCGCAUACUCAGUAUCAAGUGUAACGGAAUACCUUUUAGCCAGUUUACCACUGUAUAUAAGGAGUGUACAGGAAGAGAACUUCCAUUGAAAGAGCUUGGCUUCAAAGAUGUUGAACAAUUGUACUACCACCUUUCAGAACAUGUCUUGCAAGUCAGCUAUUCUCAAACAGGUGAGCCGUGUCUGUUCUCAUAUGGGUGUGCCCCUGCUGUGGCUAACGCUGAGCCUCGCACACCAUCCGUGACAAGAUCCUCGUCUUCCCUCGCUGGCCAGGACGACUACCCGGAGGAUGUUGUGGGUCCUGGCUGCCACUACAUGCCUGUGAUGUGCCCUCCAGUCCAUGAGUACACAGAGCUCUACGUGACCAACAUCACCCACCCUGGUCUGUUCUGGAUCUAUCUGAGACACAAGACGAAGGCCUUGGCUCUGGAAGACCUCAUGGAUAGCUUGGAGAAAGUAUACCGGGGUGGCUCUGACCGUUACCGUAUGCCGGAGGAGUUGAUGGUUCGGGGCCAGGUUUGCGCGACCUUGUUCCCGGAGGACAAUAAUUGGCACCGUGGUGUGAUCACUGGCAAACAGCAGGCCGGUUUCCUGGAGAUCUACUAUGUGGACUACGGGAAUAUGAACUACGUCGCUAAAAGCACCAUACGUUUUUUAAAGCAAGAGUUUUUAAUGUUGCCUGCUCAGGCUAUACAGUGUCGGCUGGCCCAUCUGCAGCCCAAAGGACAAAAAUGGACCAGAAAAAGUCGUCUACGAUUCAUGCAGUUAACAAGGGCGAAACCCCUGGUGGCAUUAGUGAAUGAAGUUAAGGACCAGGUGAUGUCAGUGAUGCUUGUGGACACCAACGACCCCAACGUUGACCAUCACAUAAACGACAUGCUCGUCAUAGAGGGACAAGCAGAGUUCAAACCAGACGAUGAAGUGCCUGAUGUCUUCGAUCAAAAACUGGAAGGGGCGCCGGACUACAACCAUGUGUUUGGCUGGACGGAGGCCCCAAGGCUGCCUAAGGUUGCUCAAAUCCAGCACAAGGAGCCGGAAGCCACUGGGUCCUUUGAGCAGGGAGCCAAGGAACAGAGCUGCUACAUACGCUGGAUGCAGCUGACAGGUGAGCACGUCUUCCACGUGAUCAAUCUGGCGGGGGCCGCGUACGUUGUGAGUGAGGAGAUAUCUGCCCUCUUCUGGGAGGAUGACAUUCUCUCCAGCAUGCUGCACAGAAGUAACGUAUACCUGGACAAGCUGGUUGUAAGCAGUGCAGACAACCCCAAGCUCUUUGAAGAACUCGCCAAGUACAAAUUCACAUGUAAACAGAUGAAUCUGAUUGAAAACCAGCAUUUCCUGACCCUGUAUAAGCUGGACAGUUUGCCUCGCAUCCUGUCCACAUUCCAAUGUGAAGACGAGGCCCUGAUCAAUGCUGUCAGUGAACUGGUGUCGAAAUUUGAUCCCAACAGUCCUUUCUGGAAGGAUGGUUCCCAGUUUCGGCCAAUCAGUCCAGAUCAGACACCAGCAAACCAGUCGCCUGUGGCUGAGAAACAGUCCCCAGAGCUGCAGCCAAGCAGUGAGGAGGAAGGGGUGCAAUCGAAGGGACAGAAGCGCUCCAGCGACGAAGAAGAUAAUCAAACAAACAAUGAGCAAAUCUCUUUGGAAGAGAAACAGAUGUGCCUAAAAGCUCUGCAGAUCAAGCGACAGCGUAUCCUGCAGCAGUUGAUGAACAAUCCGAGCUCAACGGUGGAAGUGGUGAAUCAGCUCAAUGACUGCGAGGUGGAGAUCCUCAUGAUUAAGGAGGAGAUCGCUCAACAUAACAAUUCCACUACUGAAGGCAAACGUUCCAUCUCUCCUCUUGACCUCCCCAGCUCCGCGACAUGCCAAACUGAGAGCCAACAGCGUAUACAGGAUAUCAUAGCAUCAACAACUAAACCCAUAGCAGCAGCCAACAUUGUAACCAAGCCAACUGCAAGAAUUGCUAGCAGCCAAGCAAAUGUCUCCUGCACCCAAUCAAUGCACCAGUCUAUGGUCAACAACAAUUUAGGGAACCAGUCUACAACAGGAAGUUACACAGGCAUUAUGGGAAACCCAGCUUUUGCCCAGCAGCAGACAUUCAUGAAUCCAUUCUUAAUGCCUCAGCCGGGAACAGAUAUGACUGGAGUCACCCAAAUGAUGGCUAGCAUGGGUCUUAAUCAAGGAUUUGCCACAAAUUUAGGUUCUUUUCAAAUGCCCGCUUUUAAUCCUUUCCUAUUUCCAGGAAAUAACCUGGCCAUUUCAAGUGCUCCAUCGACCAUGAAUCCCUUUGGGUCACUGCCAACAUUUGGUCGUGGCCAGCCAAUGAAUUCAUCCAAUAUUGGCAUUUUGCCAUGUCUCUUGCCAUUGAUGCAUAAUUUCUCGGCUGGUAGAGGGAAUGCGCGAGGAGUGGGGAACAACCAAUCAUGAUGAGAAGACAUAAUGUGUUGUAAGGGGAGUAACUCAAACACUGCACAAUUUAUGUUAACUUGCAACUUUGUGCUCAAGGUUGAAGUAUGGUUUGAAAUAAAGCCAAAAUCAUAAAAGCAGUGUUCAAUUAUUACAUGAUAUAAACUUUUUGUGAAAUGGAAGUGUUCCAUGGUAUCAGAUGUUUUUCUCUAUUACAGGGUGGUUUGUCAAGAACUAUUUCCACUUAGCUGAUGAACACAAGUUUUUUGGCAUAUCACCUUUUGUUCACAUUUAAAAAGAAAGUUGAUGAACUUAAAAACAAACUGUGUCCAAGAUUUUGAAAAAACUUUUUCAGUUUUGUUAUCUACCAAUAUCCCAAUGUGGUACUCAUGAAUCUCAAUCAUUGUUUAAACACCUGCAGUUUCCUUUUGUAGAAUAUGUUUGUUUGUUGUCUAAGUGAUUAGUUUUGCAGAAAGUGCUCAACAUGUUAUUUUUUUUGUUUUGAAAGUUUAUGUCCAUCAUCAACAAUUCCGUCAGGAAGGCGGAGAUUAAUGGAAUUAUGGUUUAUUAUCAUGUGCAACAAAAGUGUUUUGCUAUAUAUAUAGAUAUAUACAUAAAUAUGGUAUAUUGAACAAAUGUUUUGCUGUUUAUAAGCAGCAAAGUUAUUGGGUAUGUAUUCAUAGAGCUAUGGUGCUAUCACAUGGUUGUUGAUGUAAAUAAAUUACUUCAUUUUUUUACUGAGCGAUUUAAGUAGUGCGCUGAUUACCGGGUAUUGUUUGUUAAUUUGAUUUGAAGUGCUAUGUACAAAAAUGCAUCUUGUUAAUAUGUAUGUGACAGUGUAUUUGAAUAGUUACCAUUUUGUCUUUCAUAAAUCAUGCCGGCGAUUCCAGUAUAGUAUGUUAAUUCAUAGUUGUAAUCUUUACCGAAAAGUAAAGUUUUUGUUUCACACAUUUCAUUUUUCAUUCAUUUUUAAAUCAGAUUUGUUCACAAUGUUUUCAUCAUUUUGUAUUCAUUCAUGUUGACAGGAUUGUCAUGUGUUAAUAAUUUCCCACAAUAUCUUGUAUAUUAUUCGGAGAAAGGAAAUGAACUCUGUUUAUUUGUUAAUAAAAAAGAGAUUUUUGUUCAAA